AUGAGAAGGGGAACACAGAAAAUGACGAAUGAGGAGAGCAGCUUAGAUGCAAGUGGUAUCAUAUUACCUGUUCCGGAUCCACCCAUCGGCGGGGAACCUCAUAUCCUAACUGAGGUUAGGAUGGCGAUUUCUAAGCUGAAAUAUGGGAAAGCUGCAACCAUAUGUGAUAUCCCUGCUGAAAUGCUAAAGUCUGGGGGUGAACCUAUGCGCGGUCGUGAAUUCAGUCGUAGGUUUCUUACAGCUUACAUUGACCUCAAGAAUGCAUUUAACUCGAUGCAUCAAGAAUCGCUAUGGGAAAUUCUGAGACUUAAGGGAAUUCUGACACGGAUUAUUGGACUAAUGGUAAGCCUACAUACCAGUACUGAGAGUGCUGUAAAUGAUGUUGCUAUCCUAUCUGAGUCUCUGGAAUCACUAGUGCCGGUUCUUGGUGCAUUUAGCAAUAAGGCGAUGCCCUUGGGCCUAGAGGGAGUGGACAUGACCGGCGUCAUGGCGGCUCUGCACGACCGGCAUGCGCUGGUGGACUUCAGCGCGCCUCUGUGGCUGGACGGGAAGACCAUCAUGUACAAGAGACCAGUGCGAGGCUCAGAUAUCGCGGGCUUCGUGAAACCUUUUACGCCGGAGUUGUGGAGCCUCGUGAUGGCCAGCACCUGCCUCGCCUUCCUGGUCACGGGCGCAGUCCACCUCGGCCAGGCCCUCGGUCCUGGCGGCGACGCGAAGCAAGAGAGGAGGCGGCCGGGCGGAGGUCAGCUGAUCCGAGAGGAGGUCAUCGACAGCGCCAACAGGUCCUUCCUCUGGACCUUCUCGGCGCUUCUUGGGCAGUCCGUGGCGCACGUGCCCUCCAGCGCCCCCGUCCGCGCCUUCGCCGGCGUGUGGCUCGUGGCGUCCCUCGUCGUCGGCGCCGUCUACCGCUCCAACCUCAAGGCCAUGCUGAUCCUGCCCAAGUUCUCGCUCCCGUUCGACAGCCUGGCGCAGUUCGUGGAGACGGACAUCCAGCUGUUCACGGCCAAGAAUGCGCUCAUGGACAGGGCCAUCCAGGAGGCGCCCCCGGACUCGCUCCUGGGCCGGCUGAAGGCCAGGAAGGUCGCCCACCAGGACCUGUUCCGCGCUUUCCAGGACGUGAAGGACGGCGUCCUCGCAGGCUCGGGCUCCAUGAUCUCCGGCUGGCACUUCCUCCACACCGACUUCUCGCUGACAGGGAAAUGCGACACGUACAUGAUGUCUGAGUUGAUGUUCCAAACGACGAGUCAGUGUCUGGCCUUUCCCAAAGGGUCUCGUCUGAAGGCAAAGGUGGACAGAGUAAUCCACGGCCUGAAGGAGUUCGGGAUCCUGGACCACCUCCUGCGCCGCGCCAUCCACAACGCGACGGAGUGCCUCAAGCCUCUCAGCGCCCAAGCCGACAACUCCCUUCGGCCGCUGGAACUCGGGGACUUCUACGGCGUCUUCUGCAUCUACUUAGGAGGCAUGGUCCUCUGCACCUUCGUCUUCCUCGCCGAAAAGGUCAUCGGUUCUCGAAGCAAGAGAAGGUUAGAGGAUGAGGUCACCGGAGGGCAGAGAGGACGACGACCUUAG